GCCAUGAUCAGAGUGCUGAGCACAUCGGAUGAGGUGGAGCAGCUGGUUCUGAGGAACACCGACCUGACGGACGACGUUCUGCUGACUGUGGAGCGUGCCGUGCCGUUCGAGGUCGCGCUGCUCAACCUCAAUCUCAUCGGUCCGUACGGCGCUCACAUCCUGCUGGACGUUAUGAGGGUGAAGCCUCAGGUCAAAGGUUUACACUUGUUUGGAAACCGACUCUGUGACCGUGGAGCAUUCGCCCUCCUGAGUGGGAUAGCAGAGCUGCAGGAGCAAACAUCGAGAGCCGCCGCCAUCCAACAGCAGCAGUUGCUCCUACAACGGGCAGUUCCCAACGUCACGAUUGGCUGGUGUGCUUUCAAAGUGUUUUCACUUUUAGAACUGGACAUCGGGGGUAACAACCUGACCGGGGAAGGGAUGAGAGUGCUGGCGUCCUAUAUGAGGCACCACUCACACCUGCAGUAUUUAGGUCUGGCUCAGACGGGCAGCGCUGACCUGGCGGCAUGGAAAGAAGUUUUUGACAGUCUCAAAGGAAACAGUUCGCUAACUCAGAUCAUUCUAGAUGAGAGUAAUCUGGGCGACCCUGGGGUCAGACUGCUUGCCGACGUGUUGAAAGCGAACACCUGUCUCCGGAUGGUUGAUCUGGACGGGAACGGCAUCGGUGAUGUGGGAGGAAACGACCUCGUGGGGGCUUUGCUUUGCAGGGGCCAGUUUCCCAUGAGGCGUCUGAGUCUUGCCGAGAACAACAUCAGCGCCAGACUCCUGAGAAGGUUACAGGAAGAGGUGAAAUGCAAAUGAAAUGAGGUACUCACAUACCAUCAAGGCUUAUUUAAGGGUUCCUCUAAUGGGGUCACCCAAGAGGCCAUUGACACACGAUUAAGUCACCACCCACCCACACAUCCACAUAUUAUCUAUAGUGCUCAUUAUGGUCACAUAUAAAUGGAGCCUGCUGACUACUAAUGAGAUGGAAUAUAACAGACAGGUUGCCAGUUAAUCACGUGGUAUUUAUGAACAAAAAUUCUGACUCGCACUAAUGGACAAUUUCAUGUCUUCAAUAAUUCAAGAAGGCUUAUUUUGGAAUACGUGACAUACAAAAAACAUAAAAA